AUGGCUCACCUUCUCCAGGCACAAAUACUACCAUCCUUGGAGGAUGUCUCCUCUAUCCUCUCCAAGUCCAAAUCCUCCGCACAUCCUCCCAAUCUUGUUCCAUUGUGUGCACAAAUCCCCGCCGACCUCUUCACACCGACACAAGCAUAUCUGAAAGUGUCUGAGGGUGCCGAACUAUCGUUUCUAUACGAAAGCGCUGCGACAUCAGGGACUAUUGGACGAUAUAGUUUUGUCGGAGCAAACCCUCUCAAGGCCAUCAAGUCCGGCCCAGGCCAUGGCCCCGAAGAGGACCCCCUUCCGCGGCUGGAGAAGGAGUUGGCACAAUACCGUGUUGCGAGUGUACCAUCACUACGGCUGCCACCUUUGACCGGAGGCGCGAUUGGCUAUGUCGGCUAUGAUUGUGUGCGGUACUUCGAGCCCAAGACUGCUCGGCCCAUGAAAGACGUCCUCCAACUGCCCGAGAGCUUUUUCAUGCUCUACGACACGAUAGUCGCCUUCGAUCACUUCUUAAAUGUCUGCAAAGUCAUUACUUACCUCUACGUACCGCAAACAGAGUCCACGACCGACCUAAAAGCAGCUUACGCAAAGGCGACAGAGCGACUGAACAGGACCAUUUCGACACUACAAGCUGAACACCUGCCCCUUCCCCACCAACCACCUAUAGUGCAAAAUCAGCCGUUCAUGUCGAAUAUCGGUCAAACAGGCUAUGAAGCGCACGUUACCCGGCUCAAGAAGCAUGUUAACAAAGGCGAUAUUAUCCAAGCCGUGCCCUCGCAUCGGAUAGCACGACCGACCACCCUACAUCCUUUCAACAUUUAUCGGCACUUGCGGACAGUCAACCCAUCACCUUACCACUUUUACAUAGACUGCGAAGAUUUCAGCAUUGUGGGUGCUUCUCCAGAGUUGCUCGUCAAAGAGGAAGCUGGUCGGAUCAUUACCCAUCCCAUUGCUGGUACUAUCAGACGGGGUCACACCCUGGAAGAAGAUGAGAGGUUGGCCGAUGAACUGCGUAACAGCAUAAAAGACCGUGCCGAGCAUGUAAUGCUGGUAGACCUCGCUCGCAACGAUAUCAACCGUGUAUGCGAUCCACUGUCCACGCGGGUCGACAGAUUGAUGGUUGUAGAAGGAUUCAGCCACGUUCAGCACCUAGUCAGCCAGGUAUCGGGUGUGUUAAGAGAGGGCGAAAACAGGUUCACAGCGUUUCGAAGCAUUUUUCCAGCCGGAACUGUCUCCGGCGCACCCAAGGUGAAAGCAAUGGAACUCAUCGCCGAACUAGAGCAAGAGAAACGAGGCGUCUAUGCUGGCGCUGUUGGCUACUUUGGCUUUUCACACGUCUCGACCGACGGCUCAAAGAUUGAGAAUGAGGGCGCCAUGGAUACGUGCAUUGCGCUGCGAACUAUGGUAGUGAAAGAUGGCGUGGCCUAUCUGCAAGCUGGUGGUGGGAUAGUCUUUGACAGCGUCGAGGAGGACGAGUGGAUAGAGACUAUGAACAAGAUGCGCGCAAACAUCCGGACUAUUGAACAGGCAGAAGAGAAAUACCUGCAGCUAGAACAACUUAAGGACGGAAAGAAGACGGCUGGGUAUGUCAACGGCGUUUCUAGAUAG